CAGCUCAGAACUCACAACCACAAGGUAAUGGCGUCAUUGAUUUGAGCUUUGAGCAGUCAACCAAGUUCUACAGUUAUGCAUGGCUUUAUUAUUUAACCAGCGCACAUAACACAUUUUACACCAACAAUUCAAAGCUGGUGUUGGUCUGAGGAAAAUGGGGAAGAAAUCAUCUAUUGUAUGGAACCAUUUUACAGUGUCAGAAAAGGGAGGUACAAGGGCUACCUGCCAUCACUGCAACAAAGAGCUUUCGUACACCCUCAGCACCAUGAGUAAUUUAGGUAGACAUAUGAAGAGCAAACAUCCAGAGUUUCUUGGCUUGAAUAAAUCUGCAAAUGAAUCAACAAUGGAGGUUUACGAAAUCGAAGCAAAUGAGAUUAUUCAUGACGAGCCAAAAUCUUAUGAAAUUUCAAUGAGAAGUUUUGAAGAAAUGGAAGACAUAGACGAGCCUGGUCAAAAUAAUGAAUCGGCAACAGCAUCUGAGGAAAUUGUUCAAUCAACACCAGUAGUCGUAGCCUGUAGCAGUGAGAAGAAAGAUAGGAAAAGAAGCAAAGUGUGGAAUCAUUAUCAAAGAUCACCUGGCAAUAAAAGUGCAACUUGUCUUCAUUGUGGUAAGGGGAUCAAAAUGGGCACUAUUAGCAAUCUUGCAAGACACGUGCGACAUGUACACCCAGAUGUACCAUUUAUUUACACUCAUGAACAAGCCUUAAGCUACAGACCUUCCCAAGUCUUAAAGGCUGGUGGCAGUAAUACGAAUAAAGAAGAAAGCAAAAUGAAUAAUGAAAUGGACAUAAGUUCAGAAGUUAUAGAAUUACAUGUUGACGACUAUCAAAAUCCGGAAAAUGUGAUUGAAACAACGGUACCUGAGAGUAAUUUAACAGAAGACAGAGACGUGGAUUAUGGAAGUAUUGCUCAGCCGUCACAGACAGAAACACUUAACAUCACUGAAGAUUUUGAUAUGCACGACUAUAUUAAACCAAAAGAAACAUCCACUCUUUCAGAAAAAGCAGACAGGCUAUUGGUAAAAAUGAUUGUCAAGGGUUGCCAUCCGGUCGGAAUGGUUGAACAGAGAGGAUUCAAAGCAUUUAUAAGCGCCCUUAAUCCUAAAUAUGAAUUGCCCUCUUUAAGUAAAGUGACAAAUGAACUCAUACCAGGAUUUUAUAAAGAAUGUGAGUCAAGGGCAGUUAAAAGUCUGCAAGAUGCUGAAGGAAUUUGCCUUUACUUAGAUCAAUGGAAAACUAAAACCGACUCCUACAUGUGUGUUGCUGCACAUUUUAUAAAUAAGGAGAGUAAGUUUGAGUCCCUGUUUCUAAUGUGCCAUGUUCUAAAUCCUGUUGAAACUGUAACCGACAUUUCGCAAAGACUUGUCGACUCAGUUUCUGAAUGGGAAGUUUCAGACAAAGUGGUCGCUGUAGUAACAGACAACUCGGAGAUGAUGGCUGAAACAGUCAAAUAUAAUAAUUGGGUUCACAUUCCUCAUUUCAUGAAAUCAUUGUCUCUUAUUAUUCAUGAAAACUUUAACAUUAUCAAAAAUAUUCUAAUAAAAGUCAAGAACAUAACAGCAGAUCUGAAAAAAACACCUCAUGCCGUCGCUGAAAUCUAUUCCAAACAUAAAAGUCUAGGAAAUCCUCCUGUAAAAUUGUUAAUCAAGGUUAACAAUCAUUGGAACUCUAGUUUCACAACUCUUGAAAUGCUCUCAAGGUUCACCAAACUCAAGUCUGCAAUCAUGCAUGUGUUGCCAGGUGUUUCUGAAUACAAUAUGAGCGAGAGUGAGUGGAGGAUAUUAAAGCACUUUGUAGAAGUAUUUGAAAUCUUCAAAGAGAUAAAGCAAGAAUUCACAAAAGAAGAAAGGUUGUGUAUGUCAAAGAUUGUUUUUUAUAUAAAAAGUCUGAAUGAAAAGAUGAAGGAAUGUCAAAAACAGAUUGGCAUGCCGAGUGAUAUUAUUUUUGUAGCCACAAAUACAAUCACACUCCUCGACAAACAUUUCAGUGACUUCAUGGGAAACGAUUUAGUCUCACUCAUGUUGAUGUUAGACCCACGCUUGAAGAAACAUGCUUUUUCAGAUGAAACUGAAUACGCAUUGGCGUGUUCCAAAUUGAAAAAGGAAGUCUGUGAAGUUUCUGUACCCGAGUCAGAAUAUGCUGAACCGGAUCCCAUGUCUCUUUGGUAUUCUUUCGAUCAAGAAGUUAUAAAGUUGAAUGGAGUAAAAGAUCCUAUCGGAAAAGGGAUUCUAGAGUUUGAAAAUUACUUACAAGAGCAGCUGCUCGAAAGAGAUAAAGAUCCAUUGAUUUGGUGGGACAACAGAAAAGCAAUAUAUCCUAGGCUUUACAAACUGGUUAGGAAAUAUUUGUGCGUAACCAACAAAUUGUACACUCACAAAGAUUCCAUAUCUAAAAAAACUGCAUACAUGCUUUCUCAGCUGAGGAAUUGUGAGUCCAAUGUAUCACAAUCGCAGAUGAUGUUCCUACACCAUAACAUGUAAGUCAUAUGAAAUUUCUUUUGAUGUUAAAAGGAUAUAAAUGUUCUUCUAUCAGUAAAGAAAAAAAAUUUAGUUUAAAAAAUUGAUAAAAUAUAUUCAAGUUUACUUAAAGCUAUAAAAUGAUUAACAUUUUGCCUUCUCUUGUAAAUGAGGUCAAAUGAUAGGCAAACAUUUUCCUGUUGUACUAUACAUUUUUAUCAUUGUAAAUAACUUUAAUGUAAAUUGUAAGUUUUUAUCUGCUAUUUUAGUAUAAUUGAAAACAGUAAUCUUUGUAUAAAAUAUAUUGUAUAAAUGUAUACAGUAUGACCAAAAAUGUAAAAUAGUUUCAGAAUGAUUGA